UUCAUUAUAUUAUUAUUUCAAACAUUAUAUAAUUAUUGUUGCUAAGUUAUUAAUUAUUAUUAUUAUUACCUAACAGAAUAAAAACACACAUCGUAAGAACUAAGAGGCUUCGGUACAAUCUAUGGUUCCUUUGUAACCAAACUAUUUCCCCCUUCAAAUUCUUCCAAAAUCACGUUAUUCAGGGAUAGUAAAAUCAUGGCAACUGCAACCAUGGCUACUGCAGCAGGUGCAGCUGCCCUUCUGUAUUACACAUUGAAUCGGAAAUUGCAAACUCAGGAUGCGAUAGAUGAAGAUGUUGAAGAAAAUGGAAGUGAAACGACCACUGAUACGCCAUUAGGCAGUGCUCGUGUUUCUCAUCCGUUAAUCCAAGCCCCUGGAACCUGGUUAGAGACAAUUUCAACGUUGUCUGAGACUCUCAGGUUCACGUAUUCGGAGACGCUUGGGAAAUGGCCAAUUGGGGACUUGGCGUUUGGUAUCAGCUUUCUGCUCAAGAGGCAGGGGAACUAUCAAGUUGACAGUGAAUUCUGUGGGAAGGAUAGUGUACAGCUGAAAGGAUCUGAGAUUACUGCCGAACUUAAGUAUCUCUUGAACUUGUUGACCCUGUGCUGGCAUUUUUCAAAGAAGCCCUUUCCCUUGUUUUUAGAAGAAACUGGCUACACUGAAGAAAAUGUUCUCCUUCGGGAAGCCAAAGCAGGAAUUUUGAAACCAGCUUUUACAAUAAUCGUUGAUCAUGACAUGAGAUGCCUUUUGCUGUUGAUUCGUGGCACACAUAGUAUCAAAGAUACUCUAACAGCUGUUACAGGAAAUGUGGUGCCAUUCCAUCACACUGUUGUUCACCAAGGUGGGGUUAGAGAUUUGGUUUUAGGUUAUGCCCACUGUGGAAUGGUUGCUGCUGCUAGAUGGAUUUCAAAGCUUGUAACUCCUUGUCUCCUUGAAGCACUUGGCCACUACCCUGAUUAUAAAGUCAAGAUUGUUGGGCACUCUUUGGGUGGAGGUACUGCAGCAAUUCUAACUUAUGUGUUGAGAGAGAGAAAGGAACUUUCUGUCGCCACAUGUGUUACAUUUGCUCCAGCUGCGUGUAUGACAUGGGAGUUGGCAGAGUCGGGUGAUAGUUUUAUCACUUCUAUUAUAAAUGGAGCUGAUUUGGUGCCUACAUUCUCAGCUGCUUCUGUAGAUGACUUGCGUUCUGAGGUGACAGCAUCAGCAUGGAUAAAUGACUUGAGGAAUCAAAUUGAACAGACAAGAAUACUUAGUACAGUCUAUCGCUCUGCUUCAGCAUUAGGUUCUCGACUCCCAUCGAUUGCCACUGCUAGAGCAAAAGUUGCUGGGGCUGGGGCCAUUUUGCAGCCAGUUUCUAAUGGUACCCAGGUUGUGAUGAAGAGAGCCAAGAGUAUGGCAGCAUGGGCACGUCCAAACCUUAAUUUGUCCUCUUGGUCAUGCAUGGGACCCCGUCGCAGAGCCUUGAGUGCAUAUUCAAACUCCAAAGACGGGGAUAGUCCUCCUACAUCUUCCUCUACCAAUAUCGACGGUUCCGAUUCAUUUCUUCGUUCUCCCAAGAAGGCGAUUAAUGCAAAGAAUAUGAACCUUCCUGUAUCUUCAUCUAUAGAAGAGUGGUCUUCUGAGAUUGAAUGUGGCAAUGAAAGUAGUUCUGAUACUGAGGUGGAUGUUGAUCAUGGUGACCGUCAGAACCUGAUGGACCAUGACAGAUAUGAUGAUCAGAUGAGUGAAGUGGAGUUGUGGCAUCAACUGGAGAAUGAGCUGUAUGACGGUCCUGAAGUUGAGGAGACUGAUGUUGUAAAGGAGAUAAGGGAAGAGGAAGCAACCCACGAAGUAGAGGAAGCCCAGAGUUCAGUACCAGAAACGAAAGAAGUCUACAGAUUUUUCCCUCCAGGAAAAAUAAUGCACAUUGUUACACUCCAUUCUGACACGGAGCAUGAAAAUGAUGAUAGCCCAACCUAUGCAAGUUCAGACAGUAGCGAGCUAGAUGAGACUAAGAUUGGGAUUUUUCUAACUUCCAGGUCUCUGUAUAGUAAACUUAGACUCUCACAGAGAAUGAUCAGUGAUCACUUCAUGCCAGUUUAUAGAAGGCAGAUUGAAAGGCUAAUAAAAGAACUUGAGCAGGAAGCUAAUGAGGAUCAUGAUACACAAGAGGUGGUGUUAUAGUUAAAGACAGUUACAAUUAGAUUUAUGUUUGUACCAUAUGGCGUGUCAUUGGGUGUUUUUCGUCCCAUUGAUUUCGGAACGAGUCUCAUAGGAACUGCAGUUUUUGUGCUAUACUGCAAUAAGGAACCCGAACGAAGGUGAUUACAAC